CCCAAAUGCACAACAAAUUGUCGCACCUCAUCGCCAUUCGCUCCUCCCUUAUCUCCUCUCCUUCCUCCUCCUUUCCACCUCACCACCCUUUUCUUCCACUCACUCCACUCUCUUUCUCUUUGUGAAUUCCCUUCAAUCCAUUUCAUUAAGAUCUCACUUUCCUUCCUUCUUUCUUUGCUUUCCUUCCUUUGAUUUGGGUAUUGGGUUGUUUGUUUCUCUUGUGUGUAUGGAAUGACGGACUAUCGGAUAUCAUCCACGAUGAAUCUGUGGACGGACGAUAACGCAUCGGUCAUGGAAGCCUUCAUGAACUCUGAUCUCGCCGCUCUUUGGCCGCCGCCGCAAUCCGCCGCUUCUACUUCCACUCCUGCGCCACCCAACGCCGACGCCAGUAGGACCCUUAUCAACCAAUCUCAGCAGCUUUUUAAUCAGGAAACCCUCCAGCAGCGUCUCCAGACCUUGAUCGAGGGAGCCAGGGAGAGCUGGACCUACGCCAUCUUCUGGCAAUCGUCGUAUGAUUACUCGGGUGCGUCGGUGUUGGGGUGGGGUGAUGGGUACUAUAAAGGAGAGGAGGAUAAGGGUAAAGGCAAAUCUAAAGGUUCUAGCUCUUCAGUUGCAGAGCAGGAGCACCGAAAGAAGGUGCUACGGGAGCUCAAUUCGCUGAUCUCAGGUCCCACUGCCGUCACCGACGAUGCUGUUGAUGAAGAAGUCACUGAUACCGAGUGGUUCUUUCUCGUUUCCAUGACUCAGUCAUUUGUUAAUGGAAGUGGGUUGCCGGGUCAAGCCUUUUUUAAUGGGAAUCCGGUCUGGGUGGCUGGACCUGACCGGCUUUCUGCGUCGCCGUGCGACCGCGCCAGGCAGGGUCAAGUUUUCGGCUUGCAGACCUUGGUGUGUAUCCCAUCAGCGAAUGGAGUUGUAGAGCUUGGUUCAACUGAGGUGAUUUAUCAGAGCUCGGAUCUGAUGAACAAGGUUAGGGUUUUGUUUAAUUUCAAUAGUUUGGAGGUGGGUUCAUGGCCGAUGGGAACGAAUCCUGACCAGGGUGAGAAUGAUCCAUCCUCGAUGUGGAUCAGUGAUCCAUCGCAGAGUGGGAUUGAAAUGAAGGAUGGAAAUAGCACAGUUCCAUCAUCAGGUGGCACCACAACUGCAAAUAAUAGCAACAAUAAUAACCAUAAUGGCUCGAAAGGGAUUCAAUUUGGGAAUCCCAAUUCGAGUAGCGUGACUGAAAACCCUAGUGGAAUUCAAUUGCAGAAUCAUCAACAGGGUAACCAGCAGCAACAGCAGAUGACACAGACACAGACACAGACACAGACACAGAGCUUUUUUACUCGUGAGUUGAACUUUGGGGAAUAUAGUGCUUUUGAUGGUAGUAGUGCUAGGAAUGGGAAUUCCAAUCUGUUGAAGCCAGAAUCAGGGGAAAUUUUGAAUUUUGGGGAGAGUAAGAGGAGUUCUUGUAGUGCAAAUGGAAAUUUCUUUUCAGGUCAUUCACAGUUUGCAGUGGAGGAGAAUAACAAGAAGAAAAGAUCCCCAAAUUCAAGGGGGAGCAAUGAAGAAGGGAUGCUUUCCUUUACUUCUGGGGUUAUCUUGCCUUCUUCUGGUGUGGUGAAAUCAAGUGGUGGUACGGGGGAUUCAGACCACUCUGAUCUUGAAGCCUCUGUUGUUAGACAAACGGAGACUAGCAAAGUUGUGGAACCUGAAAAGAAGCCACGGAAACGGGGAAGGAAACCAGCCAACGGAAGAGAAGAACCACUGAAUCAUGUUGAAGCAGAGAGACAGAGAAGAGAGAAACUUAACCAGAGGUUCUAUUCCCUGCGAGCUGUAGUUCCCAAUGUGUCAAAGAUGGAUAAAGCUUCGCUUCUUGGAGAUGCCAUAGCUUAUAUCAAGGAGCUUAGAUCAAAGCUGCAAGCUUCAGAGUCUGAUAAGGAGGAGUUGGAGAAGCAAGUGGAAUCAAUGAAGAAAGAGUUUGCUAGCAAAGAUACACGCCAAGAGCCACCUCCUCGUGAUCAAGAACUCAAGAUGUCAAAUACCCAGGGAAGCAAACCGAUAGAAGUAGAUGUAGAUGUGAAGAUAAUCGGAUGGGAUGCAAUGAUAAGAAUCCAAUGUAGCAAAAAGAAUCACCCAGCAGCUAGGUUAAUGGCAGCUUUGAAAGAGUUGGACCUUGAUGUUCACCAUGCCAGUGUGUCGGUUGUGAAUGAUUUGAUGAUCCAGCAAGCCACGGUGAAGAUGGGUAGUCGAUUUUACACACAGGAGCAGCUCAGGGUAGCCUUAUCAACCAAAGUUGGUGACACCUGAUAUGGUCUGAAACCAGAUCAAGAACUUGCUUUUAGCCAUUGGUAUAGAGCUUGUUAAGCUUAUUAUAUUAUAUAGGCCUUGAAUUAAUUUCCUAAUGGUGUUAGGUUUCUGGGACAUUUUAAGGCUCCUGACGGCACAAUCUCUGUAAAAUAGUAUUGUUGCUACUCAUUUCUUGGUAGUUUGUUCUAGUAUCAUAUGAGUUUGAGCCGAUUUUAAUGGAGGAGCUGAACUGAGAAGAGUUGUGUAGCUCUGUGAGCUCCAAUCAAGUGAAGAUAGCUUUUUCUUUUUCUUUUUAUGUUGAUUUUCCUGUCUGUCCUUGAUGUAUAUACUUUAUAAAUUGGAACCUCAUGGGUUUUGUGCAAUC